AUGAGAAUACCUAAAGCAUUAAAUCCUCGUCUACAAAAGCAAUUAUUAAAACGAUUUGGUGUUUAUGACAAAGUUCUUCCUGUGAAUACAACACCCAGUCGGACAGUACCCGAACAUAUACCAAAGCCAGAUUAUAUAACAGGCAAUCCACUUUACAUAGGAAAAAAAAUUGAAAUAAAAAAUGAGGAACAAAUUACUGGAAUGAGAUGUAGUUGUCAAUUGGCAGCAAAUAUUUUGAAACGUCUAGAUCCUUUUAUACAGCCAGGUGUAACUACUGAUGACAUAGAUGAAUUAGUUCAUGCCUUGAGCAUUGAUGCCGGUGCUUACCCAUCACCACUCCACUACAAAGGCUUUCCUAAAAGUGUGUGUACAUCUGUCAACAAUGUAGCCGUUCAUGGAAUACCAGAUCUUAGACCUCUUAUAAGCGGAGAUAUUGUUAAUGUGGAUAUAACUGUGUUUUAUAAGGGCUAUCAUGGAGACUGUUCAAAAACUUUUUUAGUUGGUGAUGUUGAUGACAAAGGAUUACAUCUAGUGCAGGCAACUGAAGAUUGUUUGGAUCAGGCCAUAAAAAUAUGUGGACCAGGUGUACCAUUUUGUGAUAUAGGUCUAAGAAUAUACCGAGUAGCAAAGAAACACAAACUAACAGUUUUACCAGCCUUUAUUGGUCAUGGGAUUGGAAGCUACUUCCAUGGUCCACCAGAAAUCCAUCAUACAUUGAAUCAUUAUCCCGGACUUAUGCAACCUGGCAUGACUUUCACGAUAGAACCUGUAUUGUCUCACGGUAGCGAAUAUACUGUGAUAUUGAAUGACGGCUGGACCGCUGUCACUGAAGACAACUCCCGCGCCGCGCAAGUCGAACACACAAUACUCAUCACCAACGACGGCGCUGAGAUUCUAACCAAAUAA